CGGCAUCCGGGUUCCGGGUUUCCUCGCGUACUCGCCAGUUCCAGACUCCUCGGCGCACGGAAUCCGGAUCCGAGAGCACGAGAGUCCAGUGUCCGGGUCUUCCGGGCUGCCCUGGUUGUCCCGGAUCGCGGCGGCGGCGGCGGCGGCGGCGGCGGCGGCGACUGAGGGACCCGCGGCCCCGGACACAGCGGCCUCGGCCAGGCGGGGCGGAGCGGCGCGGGGAGGGGCGGAGAGCCGGGGCGGGGAGGGGGAGGGGCCGCGGCCCGGAUGGCGGCCCGGGACGCGUAGCAGUGGCGGCUCUGCGGCCCGGGGCCCCGGGCGGGCGGAGGUGGCGGCUCCCGGGACCGGCCGCGCGCGAUGAUGAUGUCCACUGGACAUGUACUGACCAAGGAGGCAGGUCUGAGAACAUAGCCGAAGCUGAAAACAGGAAAACUGGGGGCAAGGAAGAGCCUUGAAUCUUGAGGUGGGACGUUGACUCUAAGAUGUCCUUGAGCAGUGGAGCCUCCGGAGGGAAAGGAGUGGAUGCAAACCCGGUUGAAACAUAUGACAGUGGGGAUGAAUGGGACAUUGGAGUAGGGAAUCUCAUCAUUGACCUGGACGCCGAUCUGGAAAAGGACCAGCAGAAACUGGAAAUGUCAGGCUCAAAGGAGGUGGGGAUGCCAGCUCCCAAUGCUGUGGCCACACUACCAGACAACAUCAAGUUUGUGACCCCAGUGCCAGGUCCUCAAGGGAAGGAAGGCAAAUCAAAAUCCAAAAGGAAUAAGAGUGGCAAAGACACUAACAAGCCCACUCCAGGGACUUCCUUGUUCUCUCCAAGUGAGGGAGCAGCAAACAAGAAAGAAGUGCAGGGUCGCUCAGGAGACAGCACCAAUGCUGGAGGCCUAGUUGCUGCUAUUGGCCCAAAGGGCUCCGAGAAGGCUGCUAAGGUGUCACGCAGUAUAGCUGGCUCCAAGAAGGAAAAGGAGAACAGCUCAUCUAAGAGUAAGAAGGAGAGAAGUGAAGGAGUGGCGACUUGUUCAGAAAAGGAUCCUGGGGUCCUCCAGCCAGUUCCCCUGGGAGGACGGGGUGGUCAGUAUGAUGGAAGUGCAGGGAUGGAUACAGGAACUGUGGAGCCACUUGGGAGUAUAGCUAUUGAACCUGGGGCAGCGCUCAAUCCUUUGGGAACUAAGCCUGAGCCAGAGGAAGGGGAGAAUGAGUGUCGGCCACUAAAGAAAGUCAAGUCCGAAAAGAUGGAGUCCCCUGUCUCUACCCCGGCGGUGCUGCCACUGCACCUUUUAGUGCCAGUGGUCAAUAAUGACAUCUCAUCUCCCUGUGAACAGAUCAUGGUCCGUACCCGAUCAGUUGGAGUCAACACUUGUGAUGUGGCUCUAGCCACAGAGCCUGAGUGCUUAGGCCCCUGUGAACCUGGAACCAGUGUCAACCUUGAAGGCAUUGUGUGGCAGGAAACAGAAGAUGGGAUGUUGGUGGUGAAUGUGACAUGGAGGAACAAGACAUACGUAGGCACACUUCUUGACUGCACAAGGCAUGAUUGGGCACCCCCAAGGUUCUGUGACUCCCCCACUAGUGACUUGGAAAUGCGUAAUGGUCGAGGAAGAGGCAAACGUGUGCGUCCCAACAGUAACACGCCUGUCAAUGAGACAGCCACAGCCUCUGACAGCAAAGGGACCAGCAACAACAGCAAAACCCGAGCAGGAGCCAAUAGCAAAGGCCGUCGAGGCAGCCAGAACUCUUCAGAGCAUCGCCCCCCUGCCAGCAGCACCUCUGAGGAUGUCAAGGCUAGCCCUUCCUCAGCUAAUAAGAGGAAAAACAAACCUCUUUCAGAUAUGGAGCUGAAUUCUAGCUCAGAGGACUCCAAAGGGAAUAAGCGUGUCCGGACAAAUUCCAUGGGCUCAGCCACUGGGCCCCUCCCUGGCACCAAGGUGGAACCCAACAUUGUGGACAGAAAUUGUCCCUCCCCAGUCCUGAUUGACUGUCCCCACCCAAACUGCAACAAAAAGUACAAGCACAUUAAUGGACUUAAGUACCACCAAGCUCAUGCCCACACGGAUGAUGACAGCAAACCAGAAGCUGAUGGAGACAGUGAGUAUGGAGAAGAGCCCACCCUACAUGCAGAUCUUAGCAGCUGCAAUGGUGCUGCAUCUGUCUCACAAAAAGGAUCCUUGUCCCCUGCCCGCUCAGCUACCCCCAAAGUUCGGCUUGUUGAGCCUCACAGCCCUUCCCCUUCAAGCAAAUUCAGCACAAAAGGCCUCUGUAAGAAAAAAUUGAGUGGGGAGGGAGACACGGACCUUGGGGCCUUAUCCAAUGAUGGCUCUGAUGAUGGACCCUCAGUAAUGGAUGAAACAAGCAAUGAUGCCUUCGACUCUUUGGAAAGGAAAUGUAUGGAAAAAGAAAAAUGUAAAAAGCCCUCCAGUUUGAAACCUGAAAAGAUUCCAUCCAAGAGCUUAAAAUCAGCCCGGCCCAUUGCCCCUGCCAUACCCCCACAACAGAUCUACACUUUCCAGACUGCCACUUUCACAGCAACAAGCCCAGGCUCCUCCUCAGGCUUGACCACCACAGUGGUCCAAGCAAUGCCCAACAGCCCCCAACUCAAGCCCAUUCAACCCAAGCCUACUGUUAUGGGAGAACCUUUCACAGUCAACCCUGCCUUGACCCCUGCUAAGGACAAGAAAAAGAAAGACAAAAAAAAGAAGGAAUCAUCAAAGGAACUUGAAAGUCCUCUGACCCCUGGGAAGGCAUGCCGAACAGAAGAAGGUAAAAGCCCGUUCAGAGAAUCAUCAGGAGAUGGAAUAAAAAUGGAGGGGCUUCUGAAUGGCUCCUCAGACUCCCAUCAAAGCCGGUUAGCAAGUAUUAAGGCUGAAGCGGAUAAGAUUUACAGUUUUACAGACAAUGCCCCCAGCCCUUCAAUUGGAGGCAGCAGCCGCCUAGAUAAUACUACCCCAACCCAACCCCUAACUCCUCUACAUGUAGUGACCCAAAACGGUGCUGAAGCCAGUUCAGUCAAAACCAAUAGCCCUGCCUACUCUGACAUAUCUGAUGCUGGGGAGGAUGGGGAGGGCAAGGUGGACAGUGUCAAGUCCAAGGACCCUGAACAGCUGGUUAAAGACGGAGCUAAGAAAACACUUUUCCCCCCUCAGCCACAGAACAAAGACUCACCAUAUUACCAAGGUUUUGAAAGUUACUACUCUCCAGGUUAUGCACAGUCCAGCCCAGGGGCUCUCAACUCAAGCAGCCAGGCAGGAAUGGAGGGCCAGGCCUUAAAGACAAAGAAGGAUGAGGAACCCGAGAGCAUAGAAGGGAAAGUGAAGAAUGAUGUCUGUGAGGAAAAGAAACCUGAGCUGAGCGGUUCCAGUCAACAGCCCUCUGUCAUCCAGCAACGUCCCAACAUGUACAUGCAGUCCCUCUACUACAACCAAUAUGCCUAUGUGCCUCCAUAUGGUUACAGUGACCAGAGUUACCACACCCACCUCUUGAGCACCAACACAGCUUAUCGUCAGCAGUAUGAAGAUCAACAGAAGCGGCAGAGCUUGGAGCAGCAGCAGCAGCGGGGACUGGACAAAAAGACAGAGAUGGGCCUGAAAGAGCGGGAGACAUCACUCAAGGAAGAGUGGAAGCAAAAGCCAUCAAUUCCACCAACUCUGACCAAGGCUCCCAGCCUGACAGACCUGGUGAAGUCAGGACCAGGCAAGGCCAAGGAGCCAGGGGCUGAUCCUGCCAAGUCCGUCAUCAUUCCCAAAUUAGAUGACUCAUCAAAACUCCCCAGCCAAGCCUCCGAAGGCCUUAAAGGGAAGCAGGGUGAGGCCAGCCACCUAGGCAAGGAGGCCUCUGAGGCUAAGACAGGCACUGAAUGUGGCCGACAGGCAGAGGUGGAUCCAAUACUCUGGUACCGACAGGAGACAGAGCCCCGGAUGUGGACAUAUGUUUAUCCUGCCAAAUACUCAGACAUCAAGUCAGAGGAUGAUCGGUGGAAAGAGGAGCGGGACCGAAAAUUAAAGGAGGAAAGGAGUCGGAGUAAGGACUCUGUUCCCAAGGAAGAUGGGAAAGAAAGCACAAGCACUGACUGCAAGCUACCCACAUCAGAGGAAUCCCGCCUUGGGAGCAAGGAGCCCCGGCCAAGUGUCCAUGUGCCUGUAUCCUCUCCCCUCACCCAGCAUCAGUCCUACAUCCCCUACAUGCAUGGCUAUUCUUACAGCCAGUCGUAUGACCCCAACCACCCCAGCUACCGGGGCAUGCCUGCAGUUAUGAUGCAGAACUACCCAGGUUCCUAUUUGCCUUCCAGCUACUCUUUCUCCCCCUAUGGCAGCAAGGUCUCAGGUGGUGAGGACGCUGAUAAGGCACGUGCCAGCCCCAACGUGAGCUGUAAAGCCAGCUCAGAGUCCAAAGCCCUGGACAUCUUGCAGCAACAUGCCAGUCACUACAAAAGCAAGUCUCCCACGAUAAGUGAUAAAAAUUCUCAGGAGAGAGAUCGGGGAGGCUGUGGGGUAGUUGGGGGUGGUGGCAGCUGUAGCAGUGUUGGGGGAACAGGAGGUGGUGACAGGAGUGUCGACCGGCCCCGCACUUCCCCUUCCCAGCGCCUGAUGUCCACACACCACCACCACCAUCACUUGGGCUACUCCUUGCUCCCAGCACAGUACAACCUACCCUAUGCCACAGGGCUUUCCUCUACAGCCAUUGUUGCCAGCCAGCAAGGCUCAACUCCCUCACUCUACCCACCCCCCAGGAGGUGAGAAUGAACACCAAGUGCCCAGAUGAAGUCAGCUUUGUGGGCCAGACUGGCUCAUUCGAGGUGGUGCUGGAGGUGCCAUUUUACCAUCGGUUACAUGGUGUUGAUCAUCCUGUUUGCCAUGCCUACCGUGACUGAAGGCAGACCCUUAGCUAUCUCACCUCACCAGACCCUUGGACUCCCUGACCCUCUUCCUCAGGAGCUGAAGAACUGGUACUUUGCAAAAAUAUUUAUUCUCUCAGCCACAUUUAUGACUGUUGUGGCAUCUGUGGAGAUGAAGGCAUAGGAGCGACCGAGGGAACACAGUCUCAUCCCAGAGAAGUUACUGCUCCGUUAACCUAGCCCCUAGUCUACUGCCGGAGCAGUACCCUACACACACCUGGGAGGGAGGGACCCAAGCAUGGGGUAAGGUCUGAAGACAGCACAGCAGCCACACCCCUUCUCAUUGUCAUUACCACCAACAAGAUUCCACAUCUCCUCAGUGGUUUGGGCCCUGGGAACUGGCAGCACGUGGAGAAAUUAGAAUCUCAGGAAAGAAGCUGGAGGCUGUCUUCCCUGUAGUUGUGAAGAUACAGUCUUCAAGCAUGGAGACAUCCCCCUCUAAUGUGAGCACAGAUAAAUGCUCAGAGCCUAACCUUUAAAGGGAGAGUAAGGCAUUUGCCCCACCAGAGCCCUUGUGUUCCUGUUAGGCAGAAGGUAGGGGUUCUAGCACCAGCACAGGGCUCCCUGAGGAUGCUGGGAGGAGAGCUGGAGCAUAAAUGGGAGGCUGUGAAAUUGGACCUGUUUCCUCACCAAAAUUCCUGCUGCUUUUCAUCUCCCAACUCCUUGCCCUUUCUCUGUUCUUUUUAACCCCUUGGUGCCUUUCCCAGGGGGGAAUCCCCAUACUGACCUCACCUCUUCUACUGCUUGGCUCUUACAACUCAGGCAGAAUAGACUUCCUUCUCAGCCUGGGUAACCUUGGAGUCCACCGCAUCACUUAAGGGCAUGAACCAGAAGGCAGGCUGUAGGAUUACCCAGUGGUUCUUGAACAUCUGAGUAUCUUUCUCAUUUAGGGUCACAAAUGUAUACAGCCCAGUUCCUCUGUCCACAGGUACAUGAUUUUAUUAAGUUCACACUAACUCCACGUGUGCCAAUAUGAGGCGAGUCUUUGUAACAUAUGUUGUUUUAGGGGCCACUGACUGAAAUAACUUAUUUGAGCAUUAUACAUCCAAGCCACAGAGUGGACUUGGUGGGAUGAGGCUUUGAGGCGCAGACAUUUGUGUUUUGAGUUGUAAGGUUGUAUGCUGGGAAAGUGAUGAUCCAGCUUUAUCAAAGUCACUUCUUCCCAGGAUGUGGGAUGGUUUUAGCUCUCUGCUAUUGCAGGUAUCAUCCCUUUGUUACUUUCCCCUCCUGUCUUUACCAUCUGGACUUCAAGAGAGAGAAAGAUCCACAGAUCUCUGCCUAGGCUAACAUGGUGCUUAUGACAAGAAUGUCAGAAUUAACAGUUUGAGAGCAGGAAGGUAGAUGGCUCUGACUUCUUUGGGAGAGUGAGGUGGUGGCAGACAGUAAGCACAAAGCCCAGCAGAAGGUGGUUUCCAAGGACCCAUGAACCCUCCCUGUACAUAUAGACAGUCUUGGGGCUGUUAGCACCUCUGACCUACAAACUUUUUCUGUUUCCACGUGCUUAUUUUUGUUCAAGUUGGGUUCUAGGCACUUGAAAAAUCCAUUUUAGACCUAUUGGCAGAACCCCAAGUAAGCAGCACUUUGGGUGGGGAUCCCCUCCCCUUUAUUCAUGGAAGUAGAUAUUGGAGACACUGAGCCUGACCCACUAAUUACCCUUACUAAGAAGGUGACUGACUUUCAGCCUAAUUAUGCCUCCCCCAGAACUCCAGUGAAUAGAGCCAGGUGUCCAUCUGUUCCUGUUUGUUUUUUAAAUAUUGUUGUGUGUUUUGUAUGUAUCUGUGGCACUGGCCUGCAAUGUGCUUUGUACAUAUUGUAAAGAAACCAUUGGAGCAAUUUUCUUUUUCAUUGGAUAGGCACUGCCCAUAUUCCUGCCUUUUCCACUUCAUUUUAUAACAGAGGGGGUACGUCUGUAUUUGCAAGACAGCCUUAGGUUCUGCAGAAGGUAACAGCUUUCUCUUUCUCUCUCCUCUCCCUCUCUUCCUUCCCCCACCCACCCUAAAAAAGUCAGCUCUUUGAUCCCUCUACCCAAGUGCCCCUUAAGAACAGGCGCUACCCUGAAAUGAGACUAGUGGUAGAAAAAUGACACUAUGUUCCCAGCCUGAUCCUCCUAGUCCCUAGUCCAGUCUUGCCUCCCUGAAAUAGUAUCACACAGCUGCAUCUGUGGAGAUCCUGACUAGUGUUGAGAGAUUAGCUGUCCACCUCCACAUUCCACAGGGGUUCUACCUGUGACAUCUAGUCAGAGACAAGAUCUGGUCCAGUCUGCAAAGCCUCUCAUUGAGCUGCUCAUGCCCUUGGUGUUAAAUAAUCUCUGAGACCUAUGUGGAGAAGCUACAAGAAGUAUGGGCCUCACCCCAAAGAGGGCAGCCACGGCUUAACAGCCACUGCCUAGGAUUCAUGUCUGCUUCCUCAUUUAUGGUGUGCCAGUUCCCUUCAGCUCUUCCCGGUCUUAUACAUGUACAUGUAAUUGCUACUUAGCCUAUACUCUCUAGACAUCUCAAGGUCAAUGAAACACACAGAAGGGUGAGAGGGUACCCUCUGGAAUGAUCAUUUCAUGCAUUUCCUCUUCAGGCUCCAGGGUGGGGUAGGGGCUUAGCUUAAGGAAGUUGGGAGUUAAGACUAACAGAAGGGCUAGAGAAUUAAUUGGAUCUAGGUUUGAGGCCUCCUCAUCACUUACUACACCAUAUACCCUAUCACCAUCCCAUUGUGUACUCAAUGCCCCCCAAGAUUCAGCUGGGCAGCUAGUUGGCCCAUAACUCUGGGCCUUUGUCAUUUGUUACUAGGACAUCCUAAGAAACUUUCCAGUGAUUCCCUGCCAUGGCCCUCCCGGGCCUUGUCCCCAGCCCCUCCUGCCCCAGCCCACCCGCUUGCCUUGGUGCUCAGCCCUCCCAUUGGGAGCAGGUUGGGGCAAGCUGGAGGCCCGGGCUGGAGGGGCAGUGUUGCUGUUCAUAGCUUUUGUUCCAUUGGCGUUGCUCUGUUGGAUUUAAUUUCAGUCUUCCUGAUUCUUCCCUUCUGUAAAGUGUACAUUACCAAGUUCCUUGUUUUUUUAUAUAUAUAUAUAUAUAUAUAAAUAUAUAUAUAUAUACAAACUGUACUCUUUUUGCCUUUGUACAUUCAGGCAAGAAGAGAAAAUAAAUCUUUUUAAGAGACAAUCACAAAUCUGUGAGGGCUGCUGGUUAUUUCUCCUGGAGUUUGCUGCUGAGCUGCUGCCUCCUCCCCUAGCUGUUCUGUUCCCCCCUCAGCUUCCCUGUGUCUCUAGUCCUGCUCCAUAUGCAUCCUCAGCUUCACUUUCCCUGGCUGACAGCAAGCUGUUAAAUCCAGUGUGCAGACUACCUUCCCCUUGAGCCUUUUCCUGCCCAGCAUUGUUUUCCGGCUUGGCCACUGGCUAUCCUAUAUCCUGGCCUCCUCUUUUUACCCUUGGAUCCCAUUCACCAAAGUGGCUUUGGACCUCUGGGUACUCUGGGACCUUCCUCUCAGAGGCCCUGGCUUUGAACAUUCAUUCAUCUAUGAAACUAUGCAGCUGGGAACUCUCUGCCUGAGAUUUUGCACUACUUAAACUUGCCUGGGAGUUAGAAUGGAAGGUUUUUAGAAACAAGUGGGAAAAUUACCACCCAGAACUCCAACCCACACAACCCUCACCCAUCCUAGCCUCCCGAGAAGUCUGCUGGUCCAGGGAUCACUCCUGGACUCCUGUGGUUACCUUAUGAGAUCAAGGGCUAAGGAUUUAUUGAUGAGACUCUUAAAGAGUGGUAUCUCCUUAACACAGCCCAGCCAAACCAUGUUCAGCCUUUCUCUUUUUCUUACCUUUCUCUGCCCCCAACCCCCCCCUUUGUCUUUACUUCCUUUUCUUAAUUGGCUUUGGAAUUGAAGUAUAUUUUUAAAUUAUUUGUUGUAUUUAUUGAAUAAAGUUUUUAAUGUCCCUGUUCUUAAA